GCGUCUGUGAUCGCGCUCCGACCAAUCCCCUUUGCCCGGGCACUGGCUACUAACCCCAGCCCGUCCCAGCGCCGUCCCCAUCAACCCGCCCGUGGCUCUUGCGGCUGUGCCAGAGAGAGAGAGCGCGCGCGCGCGCGGAACUCGCAACGCAGUCGCACGCAAGUCGCGGCGUUGGGGACGCACGCGAACGUCGACCGAAGAGGAGCGGUCGCGUCGCGUUCGCGUUCGCGUUCGCUCGCUCGCUCGCUCGCCCGUCCGCAAGAUUAAACGUCGGGGAGCUCCGUCGCCCGACCUCCUAAGUUUUACUUUCUGCGCCCGAGAAGGGAACCCGUUUGGACGAUGUCCAUGCUGCCUUCGUUCGGCUUCACGCAGGAGCAGGUGGCGUGCGUGUGCGAGGUGCUGCAGCAGGGAGGCAACAUCGAGCGCCUGGGACGCUUCCUGUGGUCGCUGCCCGCUUGCGAGCACCUCCACAAGAACGAGAGCGUGCUCAAAGCCAAGGCCGUGGUGGCCUUCCACCGGGGCAACUUCCGCGAGCUCUACAAGAUCCUGGAGAGCCACCAAUUUUCGCCGCACAACCACCCCAAGCUGCAGCAGCUGUGGCUCAAGGCGCACUACAUGGAGGCGGAGAAGCUGCGCGGGAGGCCCCUGGGCGCCGUGGGCAAGUACCGGGUGCGGCGCAAGUUCCCGCUGCCGAGGACCAUCUGGGACGGCGAGGAGACGAGCUACUGCUUCAAGGAGAAGUCUCGGGGCGUGCUGCGCGAGUGGUACGCGCACAACCCGUACCCGUCCCCGCGCGAGAAGCGGGAGCUGGCCGAGGCCACGGGGUUGACCACGACGCAGGUCAGCAACUGGUUCAAGAACCGGCGACAGCGCGACCGCGCCGCGGAGGCCAAAGAGAGGGAGAACAGCGAAAACACAAACAGCAACUCGUCCGGAACGGCCCCGACGCAGCUCCUGUCGCCGCUUAACGGAGCCCGAAGCCUCUUGAGCAGCUCGGACGACGAGAAGUCGCCCGAUCACACGCCCGACCACGGCGGAGUUAGCCCUCCUCUUCUCCUCCAGGCGCCACAUCACCACCACCCCCAUCACCAGCACCACCAGUCGCUGAGCCACCAGCACCACCAGCACCAGGCUCUGGCUCAGCACCAGCACCAGAGCCACAUGUCUCAGCACGGCGGAGGAGCCCUCAGCUACGCCGGUUUGCCACCCAACCCGGGAGUGCCGGCCCCGUCGGGAGGCGCGGGGACCGGCUUGCAGCAGCAGCAGCAGCAACAGCAGCAGCAGCAACUCCACCAGCAUCAACAGCAGCAGCAGCACGCCCUACAGGACUCCAUGAUGCACUCCAUCUCGUCUAGCCUCGUCAACAUUGGAUAGGUUGUCCCAGCGCGCUACGGUGUGGCGUGCUGCUUUGUGUGUGUCUGUGCGUGCGCACGCUCGAUCGUUCAUGAUCGUCAUCAGGCCGGGCCGGCUCGGGCCGAUUUGCAAAAAGGGGCCGUGUGCACGUCACGCUUGCGGAACGGCUACGGUUAUUUACAAGCAGCCCCAACGUGGAAUAAGAGCUACUGUAGGAAAUCGGAUUAAAGGUACGACACUUUCAUCGGCUCGCAUUUUAUUAAAUAAGUCAAACCUGUCUCGAUGGGUUAUUCAUGUAUCCCCUAUAGAGGCUACACAGUCGUCUUUAACGCAUUACUGACAGACCCUUGGAGUAAGCCCGGGAUUUUACACUUUUACAUUAUUCAGCUGUUCAGUUGAGAGCGUACCGCUUCAGGGUAUAAACUCGUGGCUUAAACCAACUUUAGCAGGCACUUUGAGCAUAACAUGGCACGCAUCUUUAGACUUCAUAGUAUAGCACUGUUACAGUGGUGGCAUUCAUAUUUUGGAAAUGUUCAACGCUUUUGGAAGUACAGAAACAAACAGCUGAACAUAUUCUUGGUUCUUUCGGUAAAGUCACGUAGAAGGGAAACAAUAAAAUAAUACAAAUAUAAAACAAUACAUUUCUCACGACGUUUCGACUGCAACACAA